UGAUUCGUGGACGUUUAACUUGGAGUCAGAUGUUAAGUUUGCGCUUAGUGUUCAGUGUCCGUUAUCAGGAGAAGGUUCGACUCUGUGUUCAGUUGCAGUGAUGCUUCUUAGGUUCAUUUGUGCGCUUGUGACCAGAUCACUAUUUAUUUUAAUUUCACUUAUAGGGAUGUGGAGAGUCAUUUGGGUGAAAAACAACAAGUUAUAUUGGCUUCUUGCUGUCCUGUUUCUGCCACUUGUAGUGGAAAUGAUGUUAACAUUGAGGAGAAGACAAGGGAAACACUGUAAGUGGUUUUCUCCAGCUAUUUUCCUGUUCCUUGUUAGUAUUAUACCGAGCAUCUGGAUCCUUGAGCUUCAUCAUCAGCAUAAUAUCAAACAGGAUAUCAAGUGUAAUCGACUCGAUUCUUCAGAGAACAUUAAAAGACUCUUUAAUAACUGGACAACCUUGAAUUCUACUAAUGUGACUGCAUUUUCUAAGAUUAUCCAAGACUCUGAGAAGCUCUUGACUUCAGUGUGUGCCAACGACUGGAUUUUGGCGCUACACCAGGCCUUGUUGGUGCUGCUGAUAGUGGGAAAGUGGCUGCUGCCUAACGAAGGAGGUCUCACCCGAGACCAGCUCUCGCAACUACUCCUCAUCUUUGUAGGAACGGCCGCAGACAUCCUAGAGUUCACCAGCGAGACUCUGUCCGAUGUCAAGGAUAAGAGCCCAGUGUUGGUGUACAUUAUUCUAGCCAUCUGGACGUGGAGUAUGCUACAGUUCCCUCACAAUCUCACAGUGUUAAAUCCUAACACAGAGGAGUACGAGGCGGAGGCUGGUUCUCUCCUUUCUAGACACCGAACAGACUUCUGGUCUGUGAUCGAAGCACUCUUAAUUCAGGACGGCCCGUUUUUGGUGGUCCGCUUGACCGUCAUGAUACACUUUGAAAUCGUUCACCAAAUGCUGGUCUUCUUUGCCAUCAAGAACUUCCUAGUGGUGGCACUGAGCAUGUAUCGACUCUGGGUCAUUUGUUUUGACUCCAGACCCUGAGAUCCUUAAAAAAGGUUUACAAUCAAAUGUAUAAAAUGUACUUUCUUAUUAGGAUAUCCUUUAGCUGAGACUUGUUUAGCUUUCAUUUACAAGUGUAACUUACAUUUUUAUGUACAAGAUUCAUUAGAGAGUGUAAUCUGAUAUCUUAGCUAUCAUUGUUCAUGAACUCAUCAUCAGGUAUCACUGUGUAUAUAAAUAAAAUAGUUUAUAACAAAAAUAGUUUGUAUUUGAAGAAGGAAAUGGUUUCAUCAAAAUCCACGUGUACCGUGUGUUUUUUUUUUAUUUUCAUGUAAACUGGUGCUCAUGUGAGUCUCCGGCACUGGAGCUGCACUUACAGUUUGAACAUAUGAGCAACACAAACACUUAUCAAACUUAUCACUUAUCACUUCUGUAAGUAAACUGUAGAAAAAGAGCUCAUGCAGUGUCUCCACCCACCAGGGAGAAAAAUGAUGGCUGUCAGUGUGUUCAAUGUCCUGUUUCUAUCUUGCAAAACUGAAAAAAAAGAUGGUUUGUAAGUGUUUAAAAGAUUUCACAGAAUUCAUUUUAUGCUGAAUUUUUGAAGGAAACCUGUUUGUAUUGUGAAGCUAAAAUCUACCAUCAGGUCGACACUACAGUACAAGAUUAUGACAUCAGGACCCAGACAGACAUGUGGGAUGUGGUAGAUCAUAUGAAUGUCAUGCGCUGCCACUUCUGGGCCCCUGAGUAAGGCCCUUUACCCUCAGUUAGUUCAGUUGUAUAAAAAAUGAGAUGAAUGUAA